AUGAGUACCCAAAAAGUUGGUGAUUUGGAUGUAGAAACUCUUAAGCUUAUAAUCAAAGAGAGUAACAAUGAGAUGCUUGAAAAAUUAAAUGAAUUAAGUAGUGAUGUGGCGGAGCUAAAGAAACAAAAUGAAUACUUAUCGCAGGAGAUCGAAAAAAUUAAAGCUGAAAAGAAUAUGGAUAAAAUAAGACUCGCCCAGUUGGAAGACCAUAUCAAAAAACAAAAUUUAAUUUUCAAAGGCCUAACUGUAAGUACAUCGACCAAGGAGGCAGUUGAUAAAGUGUGCAAGGAAGUACUACAGAUAAAUGACGCAUCAAUUGUCAAAUCGACAAAGAAAAUCUACGAGCGAGAUGGAAAAAUGACGGUGCUGGCAGAAAUCAGAUCAGAAAAGGAUAUCGGAGAUAUUUUCAAAAAAUCAAGUAAGCUUGCGGGUACAACAAUCUAUGUAGAAAGAGAUCUUAAUUUAGAGCGGCAACAAGACAAGAAAGUUAUGAUGCAAUUGAAAAAAGAUAUUAUGGCGAUUUCCUCAAAACAUCGAAUUGGCGUCCGAGAUGAUAGAAUGAAAGUAGCAAACAAAUGGUUGAGAUGGAAUAAAGAUAAAAAGCUGGUAUGUGGCAUGGAAGAUGCAAAUAUUACAUUGCAGCUUUUAUAUGAAAACAGACUUCAGAACGUUAAAAUAGAUUAUAAUAUAUUGUUAAGUAAAAUUAUUUCAAAAAAUUAG